UGUUGCGCUUCCGGCAAGGAUUUUGCACCCCGAAAACAGAUUAAGGAAAGGGAAAGUCUGCAAAUGGAGAAACAGCAUUCCGUACAGUUCUUUGAAUCCUUUGUGAAAGACAUUCACAAGGAAUGCCAGAACUUUGUGGGUUUCGACCAGAUGGUGGAGGUGAGUGGCUAUAUGUGUCUGGAGAUUGACAAUGUGAAGAAGGAGAGGUAUGUGUUGAGUGAGCUGAUCCAGAACUCGGGGAGUGUCAUCAGCGAGAGUUACUGCACCAAGGUGUUCCGGAACUGCCCGACACAAAGGCCACCAGGGCAAAGGGGAAACGUGAAGAGAAACAUGGCACCCCCGAACCCAGCUUUCAGCAGGAGCAACCAGAACAGGCCUGGACAGGCUGGUCAAAUACGACAACAAAAUAUGUUACAACAAAAUACUCGCAUGCCUGUGAGCAGAGCAGGUCAAAAUCAACAGAUGCGGCAAACUUCUCAAGUUAGCAAGCCUGGACCCAAUGUUCCACGCAAUGCUCAGAUUAUCCAAACACUGCAAGGAUCUCCUAUGGACCAAAUUCCACAAGGAAGUCCAGUUUCAAGGAAGGGGCCAUCAUCUGUACUGGGUAGACAACGACAUAAUUCUGUCAACACUCCUUUAAUGAACAGGCAAAAUAACAGCCAAGUGAUGAUUGCAAAAAAUCCUAAUAAGCCUACCUUUAAUCAAAGGUUAAACCAGGCUGCGAACUCUCCAUUUGGUGAUGCUCAGAAGACAACGGUCAUUGGUCAAGGUGUGAACCAGCAAGGUCAAGGUCAGUGUGUAAAACAGCAAGGUCAAUGUACAAGGCAGUUAAGUCUAGGUGUGAACCAGCAAGGUCAAGGUCAAGGUGUGAACCAGCAAGGUCAAGGUCAAUGUACAAGGCAGUUAAGUCAAGGUGUGAACCGUCAAGGUCAAAGUGUGAGCCAGCUAGGUCAGGGUGAGCGUUGCCAGGGGCAAGAAAGGGUGAGUCAAACCUAUGUGCAGGAUCCUAAUCUGGCAAAUCUGUAUGGUCAGAAUGUGUUUCCACAGGCAGUUCCUCAAGUCGUUCAGGAUAGGGUUAAGACAUUGGGAACGGCUCCUGCUAUCAUUAAGCAAGAGGAAGGUCAAACUUGCAAGGAGGUUACUCAAACAGCUCCUGUUAACUGUGAUCAGCAAAACAUCCAGGACAUCAAGCUAACCAUUCACAGUUCUACUUUCACUGGUCAAGAUGGGGUUGGUCAAGCAAAAGGUUAUAAUACUGACCGAACACCCAACUCAUCUUGUCGCAGUUUCCAAAGGAAAGGUAGUCAAAUAAAUGUCCAAGAAACUUGUGAGGCAGCUCAAAUCUCAACUAUGUCUAGCCAAGUAGCUUCAAGGAGCAGCAGCAUUAACGUGAGAAAUUCUGCAGAAAGUAGAAGAUUGACAGUUAUCCAAGACCAGGAACCUCGGCCCUUCACGGCCCCAAUUCCUAAACAAGUUUUCCCUGAGCAAAGAGGAACCUCCUUCCAAGGCGUUUCUAAACAUGCAAAUGUGGUUCAAACUCUAGAGAAGGCUACACGUCUAUCAAACUGGCAAAUUGUUGAAGUAGAGCCUGAAGUAUCUGUGGUGUCUAUGACACCAGCUUUCUCGGCCGCAACUUUGUCCACAAAGCCGUUAUCCCAUCCAGGCUGCAAGGACCAAGGCUUUGUCAGUAGCCAUCCUUUGCAACAGGAUCCAUCUGUGAUGAAUCAAAGCAAUCCGUUAAUAGAUCAAGGAUCUGCAUCUCAAACACUACAAAUAGAUGUCACAACGUCAUUAAGCCCAGUUCAAAGACCAAACAUGUCUCAGACCCCAAAUGUGAAUCCUGCACAAAUGGUGAAUCCUGAAUCAGCACCACCAGUGUUGCAUGUUCAAAACAUGAACCUUGCACAGUCGUAUCAAAAACAAAGACAGCUUGAAUCUUUGGCACAAAGCAUCAAUGCAUCAUUGAUUGAGGAGUCUGGGCCUUCAGUGUCUCAUUUGCAUAUCGUAAAUUUACAGUCACGUAAUGAAGAACCAAGGUCAGAACGUGUUCCACAGUCCUCAAAUUAUCAAUCAGCACUACCUACAUGCCCCACAAAACAGGUGGAUCUGAGAGCACCUGCACUGAAGCCUUCAAUGUCUGGGACAAGUCCCAUAAAUCUUGCGCAGUCAUCGAAUCAAAACCUUAGACAACCUACACUGAAUCGAGAAAUGAGACCAGCUAUGUCUGGUCAAAACCUCACGUAUCUCACACUGCCGUCAAAUAUAAAACCGAGAGCACCCAUACCUAUCCACUCCAACCUCCUGCCUCCUGUGCUCCAUAAAAUGCCUGGUGAUAGAAGGAUGCUGGACAACUCCCCAUCACCACAAAGUCCAGGUGAUUUAUCAGGUCCAUCAUCAUCAGAUUCUUUCGAGAUCACUGCCAGGAGACCUGUGUUUUUGGAAUCUUCUGUAGUGCGAUCAUCGCUGGCCUCAUCAGUCCACAGUGAACCUGAUAGGCUGCACAGAAAAAAGACGUCAUCCAUGAGUCAACUGCCUGAUGAAGUGUGUACCGAGCCUCCAACACCAGAGUGGAAGACUUGCAUAAGUCCUCACAUGGAUCCCAAUCCAGAAGCCCCAGCUGUCCCGACUAAGAAGGCAAAACUGAGCUCAGAACCAGCUCCAGAGGAGACUUCAACUUUGAUGUCCAAGUCAACCAAACCAGUUGGAAAGAAAGGAAGAGAGUCAGCUGCCAAGAAGCAAGUGAAGAAAGGACGGAGGAAGUCCACAAAGCCAAAGAAGGUUGAUGUGACUGACCUGACAAGUGAUGAGGAGAACUACAAUGCCCCAGUUGGUCUAGCCCCCAGGAGGAGUUUGCGCAGCGCCCAGAGGACAGAGCGGCAGGUGUACAGGGAUGAUGAUCCUGACCUCAGUGGCGGCAGUUCGCCUGGAGAGAACUGACCACAGGAAGUGGUCAACUCGGGGCAGAGCGGCUGGUUUCCAGGGUGACGAUCCUGACCUCAGUGGCAGCAGUUCGCCUGGAGAGAACUGACCACAGGAAGUGGACAACUCGGGGCAGAGCGGCUGGUUUCCAGGGUGACGACCCUGACCUCAGUGGCGGCAGUUCGCCUGGAGAGAACUGACCACAGGAAGUGGACAACUCGGGGCAGAGCGGCUGGUUUCCAGGGUGACGACCCUGACCUCAGUGACAGAAGUUCGCCUGGAGAGAACUGACCACAGGAAGUGGACAUCUUGGGCAGAACGGCUGGUUUACAGGGUAAUUAAUUUGCUGGGAAGGUCAAGGAGGAAAAUAAUAUUUGUAUUACAGGCACCCUAAUCCAAAAUUUCAGUUGCAACCUUGAAAUGUUUAGCAAAUUUGUUUCUCAAUGCUACCAGCUCAUAUCUAAGUGGGGCAUGUUAAUGAAAACAUGAGUGUUCUUACUUUCUACAUAUUCUUUUGCCUUGUGAAGAUUCAGUCCAAUUAGAGAUAUGUCCAGAAUUGUUAUAGAGCUGUGUUUGUUUCUAGGGCCUUCGAAGUGGCUCUUCAUGUUCAUGAAUAUACAGUCAUGACGUCUUCACAAUUAAGCAUGAAAGUUAGGCGUCCUUCACAAUAACGUAGUGUUGUAGCAAGGAAGCAAGGAGGUCCCUAGAUUCGAGUACUAAAGCAGCACACCACAAGGACCCCUGCACCCCUCACAAUUUGGAGUCAUUGGAAAGCAUCUCAUUCUCAUUAAUAUCAGAUCUUUUACUCUGAUAAGUAACUCUCUCUAUGAAGAUCUGAGGACAACUCCACAGGUCUCGUCAGCUCAACUUUUCGAUCAGCUUCGAGACCUCUAAGUUCUCAGUACGAGUCGGCGAAGCAUUUAGACCAGCAUAUCAGAUUUCUGUAUCUCGAAAACAAACUUUAACCACCGAUCCCAAAUGUACAUAAUGAAAGCUGCACAUUAUGUUGCUGUUAAAAUAUUUUCUACGCUCUGUCGUUCCUGAGCUCCAUGGGGCAGACGGGUAGCCUAGUGGUUAAAGAGUUCGCUCGUCACACCGAAGACCCGGGUUUGAUUACCCACAUGGGUACAAUGUGUGAAGCCCAUUUCUGCUAUUGCUUGAAUAGUGCUAAAAGGGGCCUAGGACAAUGCUCACUUGCUCCUGAGUUCCAUGGCAUCUUGACCCAAAAGGGAGUACCGUGAAAGGUAGGGUUGUGUCCGGAAGAGUUUCCUUGUUAAAAUUGAAAUUUCUGAAUCAACCUGGUAGAGAAGGCUCAAAUCUGAUUGGCCCAGGAACCUAUGUAUCCUUUAUUUAGAUAGGGCAGUCAGAGGUAGCAUUCCAUGGAGAUGUUGUCAGAGCGAUAUUGUAUCAGAGUAAUUGAUCUGAAUUUUAGUCAGAUUUAAUGACACGGCCAUAGUCGGCUGCAUCUCUGAUUUGUCCAGUAUCACAGACAAAUCUAUAACAUUAAGAAUCAUUUUCCUUUGAGGAUUAUUUCUGUGUGUUGAGGGGUGGAAUACAUGCUAUACAUAAUAGGGAUAUUCAUCAGAUGCUCAAAUAGUUACCAUUGAAUAUGUGAAGGACUGUUUGCUAGUGUUGAUGCGCACGCUGUUGAUUGUUGAUUCAAGACCCUUGUUUUGUUUUCAGUUCUUGUUUUAUCGUGAUGAGGACAUGUUCGUUGUUGUGUGGUCCUUUGCAAUUUCUUGUGACAUUCCAUGAAAGACAUUCAUGCUGUGUUUGUCUAUAUCUUGUUUGAGCUAAGCGGAACCAGAGAUGUGAGUCUUCACGUCUCAUGGCCUUUUGCCAUAAUGCUCCAUGUUGUUUAGUGGUGACGCUGAAUGAGUUCCAAUGAUUCAAAGUCAUUUUGUUUUCUAUCUCUCAGCUCAUCUGAACUGAAAGUUCAUGUGAAUUUAUACCAUUGUAGAUUUUACAUUGUCUGUUUGAAAGGAUGAUCCCACUUCUAAUGUCUCUUAAUAGUUUUUCACAGAAUUUUGAUUUCAUUUUUAACAUGGCCGUAAUGGCAGCCAUAUUGAAAAAGUCAUAUUUGCAAAUUACUCGGCCAUCCCUGCAUUUAUCAUUAUGGUAGUUAGUUUGCAGUAUCUUCUAUGCCUGGGGCGGUGGGUUAGCCUAGUGGUUAAAGCAUUCGCAUGUGGUGCCAAAGGCCCGGGUUUGAUUCCCCACAUGGGUACGAUGUGAGAAGCCCAUUUCUAGUGUUCCUCACACUGAUAAAGCUGGAAUAUUGCUAAAAGCAGAGCUAGACCCAACAUACUCACUUUUCUAUGCCUAAUAAAUUGUUACAUUGUUGUGUACUGGGAAACAAGAACUUCAACCUUUGACCUUAUUUUGGCCCAUUUCUCCCCCACUUAUUCAUGUAUCAAUGUGAAGUUAAUGUACAUGCAUUUACCAUUGGAGGCAGCUAACGGGAUCAGGUAGUCAGACUCAGUGACUUGGUUUAUGCAUGCCAUUGUAUCCCUAAUACGUGGAUUGAUACUCCUGAUGUCAAUCACUUGAUUCUGAUGCUCAUGAUGUCAAUCAC